CCCCUACGGCUUAAAACGUGCUCCUGCCUGCUCCACACAAUCAAUCAGGCGCGGCCGCGGCAAAUGUCUGUACUUGUGUUUGUCCUUACCUGAAGUCUUCAACAUGUAAACGACAAAUACUUCGAGCGUGUGACAUUCGUGCGGCGUUGACCUUCUCCUUCAUAUUAGUGCAGAUCUUCGGAAGCUGUAAGAUGAUCGCCAGAGUCAUGCAGUGGAAAGUCAUCGCGUCUGUUUGCGUCAUACUGUGUUUUGGUGCACUUUACGUCCGUUUUGAAAACAGGUUCGCUGUCAUAGACGCAUCAAGACUGAAACUGACUGAGACCGUUGGCAGGCUGCAGAUGGUAUUCUUGAAUGAGCGUCUCCACGAAUUUCCCCCUGUCCAGCAAAGCCAGACAGAUGCUCCGCUUGAUGACUUUGGUCUGCCCGAGGGAGCAAUGGACAACUUGCUUAUUCUAUACAACAGAGUACCUAAAACUGGCAGUACAAGCUUUAUGGGUGUUGCUUAUGACUUAUGUGGGACCAACAAGUUUCAUGUGUUACAUGUCAACACGUCCAAGAAUAUGCACGUUAUGCCUCUUCCAGAUCAGAUAAGGUUUGCUUACAACAUCACAUUAUGGAGUUCCAUAAAGCCAGCAAUCUAUCAUGGGCACAUUGCAUUUCUGGACUUCACCCGGCUCGGUAUAUCGAAGAAUCCCAUAUACAUCAACAUUAUUCGGAGGCCUCUCGACAGGCUCGUCUCGUACUUCUACUUUUUACGACACGGAGACGACUUUCGGCCAUACCUCGUUCGUAGGCGGCAGGGAAACAAAAUGACUUUUGACGAAUGUGUAUCAACGAAAGGAAUUGAUUGUGCGGAAGACAAAAUGUGGCUUCAAGUUCCCUUUUUUUGUGGGCAAGCUGCUGACUGUUGGAUACCUGGCAAUCCGUGGGCACUUGCACAAGCGAAACAGAACCUCAUUAACAGCUACUUCCUCGUCGGUCUCACAGAGCAUUUGGAGGACUUUGUAGCUGUCUUAGAAGCCUCAUUCCCUCGUAUUUUCAGGGGAGCCACAAAGAAAUUCCUAUCUGGAAAGAAGACGCAUCUGCGAAAGACUUUCAACAAGCAAGAGCCAUCUAAAGAGACCGUUGCGGCAGUCAUGCAAUCACGCGUCUGGCAGAUGGAGAACGAUUUCUAUGAAUUUGCCGCGGAACAGUUUGAUGCGGUGAAGAAAAGGACGUUGACCUCUUCCACCUUGGAUGAAGGCGUGCCAAAGCAGCUGUUUUUCUACGAGAAGAUCCGUCCCAAGUGAGACACGGUGAUCCUUAAUUGGGUCUGGCCGCGAUCGAAUCUCAUGCACAAGGGCUUAUCCUCCUAAAAAGAGAAAGUCUCAUUAAUAUGCUCAGACCAAGUGGUGAAGAGUCAGGUCAGCAACAGUGGUGUGAGCAUUCCAUUCACACAGGUAGCACACGAUUUUGUGUGGGGAGCAGCUUUUUUGGGACGUGCUGCAAAUUGUGUGCAGAGGUUGCCCAUUCUCGGUCGAUAUUUCCAGACUGCAGCUCUUAAUGAAUGGUUGUCCAUGGCUUUUAAUAGCUCGUACGCCGCUGUGCCAACAGUGGUUUAGGAACUUAAAGAGGCAGCUAAACGCGUGUACCCUUCUAUAGAGAGGCCUUGAAUGUAUGGCUGGUUGGCUCCUUGUGGUGUGGCGGAUCCUCUGUUUUUUUCCUAUGUGCAUUUUUAAGCAUUGCAAGGUGUUUAUGGCUGGUUGCAACAUGGCUCACCGUGCUUCGUUGCUGUCAUCUGAAAUGAAAAACACAGGUGAACGUAGAGAAAUGUUUUAUUUUUGAGCUGUACUUCCCACAGCAUAAAAAAUUGCGACACGGGUGUUACGCCCAGUAAAUUACGCUUUGGUGGUAUGUUGAGAGGCACUUUAGCAUGCACUUUAUAUUAGUGGCUUUUAUAUUGUCAUAGAGCUGGCAUCUAUUUUAUCUCUGGGAUCAUGGUGUGGUCCUGGCUUUUGGACUGUUUUCAAGCUUAUAACAUUGUAAAUAUAAUCUGUGGUUAGUGUACCAGCAGUCUUUGAUUCCACUAUUUAUAUAUUGUAUUACGUAUUGUAUCAAUCGAGGCAGUACAAAAACAUUGCCACAAUUUUGAAAGGCAGAUCUCACUGAUCCCACUAUUACUCAUCACAACUUUGGUGAACUAAAUGCUACGGCAUGGCUUGUGCCAGGAAUGACUACAGCGGAAUUUUUUUAUCAGUGUACCUCAAAAAGAGUGUAACAUCUGAUGUUUCAUUUUAAAUAGGAGAACCUCAAAAUGACUAUGAACAUGUUACUCUAUUCCAUAAUGAAGAAAGCCUGGCAUAUGGACAAGGACGCAAAAAACAGGCACGGCAGAACCGCUGAAACCAGCAACAAAAUUUAAAUGCACAAGGAACACAGAAAUAUAUGUACACACUGUGUGAGAAAAAGAGAGGGACAAGUGAAAGGGAAAACCAGGGAAGACGUCGACCGUAAGUAAGCGAAAAGACAGGACCAAAGGUGCAUACAUAUACGUAUUUCUGUGUUCCACGUGCAUUUAAAUUUUGUUGCUGGUUUGAGCGGUUGAGUCAUGUCUGUAUUUUGUGUCUCUGCCCAUAACUCAGACUUUCUUCAUUUUGGAGUUAUCCACCAGUUCAUACUCUAUUCGGUCAUUUUAUAUGACAGCCGCCUCUUAAGGAACACGUACACAGUUUCUCCAAGCUUCGACAAUCAUUUAUAUUCAGAAUGACAUCGCUGUCUUUGAGUCCUUUGUUGCAUCCGGGUUGAGGUCCAAAUUCCAUUGUCCCGAAUUAUUUUCAUUCGCCACAUUCUCAUGUUGGUAGCGCAUAGAACUUUGGCAGCGUAAGGGGUUGUGACGCCUCGAUACAGGUUGUUCAUUGCUUCAUGCAUGCCAGAGUACCGCAGAAAAAUAGUUAUUUUUGUACGUGUCGUAGCGAGCACGAUGCAGUACCCUUGAACACAGCUCGGAUAGUCUCCAGUGGGUCUUGUGAGCACGCGACCUCAACCGUGGCAGCCUCACUGACGGAUGUGCGUGCUGGGUGAGUCUUGGUAUUCGCUGAGCCUAGGCCUCCAUGUAUUACAUCAUGCGUGAAGGCUUCAUGACGCUCCCAUAGGAAACUUGCGACAAAUUUAGGUUAGUUGCUUACCACAACAAUGCUCGCUACAUCACACAGCAUGGUGGUGACAUCGUUGGAUGGCAAUAAGCGUGGAAUGUUAUGAUACAUCGAAGGAGUAAUAAAAUAGUAGUUUGCAGCACACAUUCUUGAGAAUUCAAUUCUAGCAAUAACUGAAACAUACGUGAAUAUUCAUAUGAGCAUAUGAUACAGUCAAACUCCUUUACAACGAAACUCAGGGGACAGAAAAAAAAAAAUUGCAGUAAAGGUAUUUUCGUUAAAAGGGAUGUCCAUUAUUGGACCUAUAGGGCUCCAGCGAGACCACAGAAAAAUUUGCUGUAGUGGUAUUUUCGUUAAAAAGGUGUUCGCUAUUGAGCAGUUUGACCGUAGACAAAAUGUGAUCACAACAGUUAGCAUCACCUGCUGUCAUGAUCCGCCUGUCACGGAGCAUUCCGGACGAAGGGUAGCAUUGAAAUUAAAUUAGCGUUCUGCCUCAAAUUUCAGUGGAUGUGAUGUUUAUUUGAAGGCACGAAUUACGCAUGAGUGGAGCUGCUUGAUGGCCUUUAGGGCCAUGUAGAACGUGCCGAGGUGGCUGGUAUACGUGUGGCAUAGCUUUUUCGGGCCUGGUGUAAUGCAUGGAGGACUUCACUGAGCCGAUUUACUACGUGUUUCCCCCCCCUUGCUGUAAAACUUGCUAAUAUCCGUAUUUUACAUUUGCACGGCGUAACCUGUGGCAAACUGCCACAACCUCUUUAAUAUGCCACCAUGUGUUAUCGGUUGUGUAGGCACAACAUCAUGAAACAUUGCCUACCAAACAGGCCUCUCUCAGGGUUCUGGUGUAGUUACUUUUACCAUACCCUACCUCGCUGUAAGUCGUGUGCCGUGGAAGUCAGGUAACAUUGUGAGCACAAGUGUCUGCCUUCCAUUUUGAUACUGUCGAGUCAUGAUUUUUUAUGACCUGCAACAGGACUUGGGUACAUUGAAAAUCUAGUUGCGAGCAUUAUUGCUCGCUGUAUUGCCUUCGGUUUUCUGUAGUAUGGGAAGCUCAAUUACUUCUUGCAAUUAAGAUGGACAUGUUUGUUGAGCUAAAACGCCUUGUAUUGCAGAAUGAAUUGCCAUGAAACUUCGCAAGUGUUUCAGAUUGUUCUGUGAUUGCCUGCAAUAUGUUUAACUGUUUUGAAAAAGAGAUGUACGUAGUUUAUGGUUUCAUUUGAGUCUGAAAGGAAAAGUAUGUAUAUUGAAUACGGUGCCUGUAGUGGUGCUCAGAUUUCGGACUGUCCACAUUGCUCUGCUAUCAAAACAUGAAUUGCACAUCUCGAUUGAAAGUAGAGCAAUGCUGCAUGCAUGCAAAAGUAGAGCCAGGCAGCUAGACAAAUAUGUUAUUUUUACAUUUCUCUACAAGUACGGUAAUUUGCAAAACUGUUUGGGAAUGUAGAGAUCAUUGAUGUGCGUUUCAUGUGCCUGAGCCAUAGAGAAUGUUCAGUAAAAGAAUUGAAUUGUAGGUAUUAUCUUUACAAGCUUUUAAUCUGUUUUGUGUGUCUCUACUAUUGUGAUGUUUCGAGGUAACGCAGAACAAUGGCUCUUCAAGACUAGUGCUGUAACAUGGCAAAUAGAUGGUCCCUGGUGACAUUUAGUUUAGUGACGUGUGUGUACUCAUAUGGUUGCAUUUAACAUCACUGUCACCAUCAGUGGUACGAGCAUCGUUUAAAUUUAGAAUAUUUAUAUUUAGCAGGGAUAAUGGUCAUCCUUAUUCCCAUGCUGUACCUUAUGUCAAGUGCUUUCAAUUUUGAGACGGGUGAUUUGGAAUAAAUAUGGUUGCUUGCUUUUUCA